AUCUCCCCUUUGCUAAUUUUACAUCUUAUAUGAAACUUUUGCUUAUAUAAAUGACAAAAUACAACAGGAAACAUCAAUAACUUCUGAGGAGAUUUGUAAAUGCAAAGUGCAAUCGAUGUGCCAGGUUAAUAGGUUAUUGCCUCCUACCAUAACUGUGCUCUUCUUCUGCUAUUUCUUUUUAAGGAUCAAAGAACUGGGGAAGAAAAGGAAGGGGCUUCUAUUUUUGCACAAACAACCCUCCCCACCCAACCAAAAAAAAAAAAAAAAUCUCGGUGCCCGGGCGGUCUCUCUUUGUGUUUGUUUUUGUUUCCUAUCUCUAUGUUGGUUUCUUCGUCUUGCUUUUUCUGGUUCAGGGCUUUGUUAAACUGAGAUAAAGUCAUUUAUUACCGGGAUUAAUGAUGAUGAAACAACCGAGGCACUUCCCAGUUUAAAGUCAAGGUUAAAAAUAAGUAAACACACUAGACUAUAGUAUGCACAAGUCUUCAAGUUAGGUUAGCUUUUGAGCAACCCAUCCCAUAUUUUAACUGAAAGGUAGAGGAGAUGGCUUGUGAAUCAGGGUAUAAAGAUAUUGACACUGGUCUUUAAAGUUUUGUAGGUUGCAUAUGCAAGUUACAUUUUUAAAAAAAUUGUCGAUAUAGGUAAAUUUGGAGGAUUGCAAUCCUCAAACAUGACAUAUAUAAUUAACUUCAGCUGAUAAUUUGACGUUAAACAAUUCGAACAAAGGAAUUUGUCUACUGAAUAAGUUGGUUGAAGUUAGGUGCAUCUCCGAUGACUACUUUUACCUAGGUAGCUAUGAAAAAUGACUUGAGGAAUGUUAACCAACAGCAAGACUAAGAAGAAUAUUAUGACAAAUGACUUUACAUCUCAUUUAUAUGCGUACUGCUUUCACACUGUGUCUUUCAAACUUUGUCUUUGACACUAAUGGAGCUCAUGAGGCUACACCUCAGAGCAAAGUUCUCAAUUACAGUGUGUAUAUUAUUGUUUCAUUUAGUAGGUGCAUUUGACUCAGAGCUCUCUCCAUACUACUACAGUGAGUUGUGCCCUCUUGCUGAAGAGAUCGUUAGGCAAAAUGUCGAGGCAGCAGUUUAUCGUGACCCAUUAUUGGCAGCAGCUCUCUUGAGACUCCAUUUCCAUGACUGUUUUGUUCUGGGAUGUGAUGCAUCCUUACUACUUGAUGACACAGUUGCAAUAGUCAGUGAGAAGACAGCAGUUCCAAACUUGAAUUCUCUUCGUGGGUUCGAGGUGAUUGAUAGAAUCAAAUAUUUGUUGGAGGAAGCUUGCCCUUUGACUGUAUCUUGUGCUGAUAUUUUGGCAAUUGUUGCUAGAGAUGCAGUUGUUUUGAGAGGGGGACCGAGCUGGGAAGUAUAUUUAGGGAGAAAAGACUCCCUGCAAGCGAGUGUCACUCUUGCAAACAAAAUGAUACCUGCUCCAAACUCCACUCUUGAGGUUCUCAUUGCCAACUUUGCAGCACAAGGGCUUGACGUAGUAGACCUGGUAGCUCUAUCAGGAAGUCAUACCAUCGGAAGAUCAAGAUGUACUAGCUUCAAAGGGAGGCUAUACGGUCAGCUAGCGUAUGAAGGGCCUCCGUUCUCCCUCGAAUAUAGAAGUUAUACAUUCCGAAGUUCUUUGCAGGCAAUAUGCCCAACAAAUGGGAGAGACAAUGCCUUGGUCCCUCUAGACCUCAAGACUUCAAGGAGGUUCGAUAACCAGUACUACCUCAACUUGCUUAGAGGCCUCGGCUUGCUUCAGAGUGAUGAAGCGCUUGUUUCUGAGAGCGUAGAGGAGAGUGUUAUAGAGAUAGUUUGGGCUUACGCUCAGAAUCAAGAGCUUUUCUUUCGGGAUUUUGCAAAAUCUAUGAUAAAGAUGGGGAAUAUUAAUGUGCUUACUGGAAGUGAGGGACAAGUUAGAGAGCACUGUCGAUAUUUGAAUGUUUAGAUGGAGAGUUAAUGAACAAGACGAAGGUUUCUUUUGCUUGU